GUUUCUUUCACUUUUGCUUUACUACCAUCUGCAGUCGACGAAACAUAUAACUGCCAUUGAACAUCAUUCUAAGAAAGAGCACUUUACAACAGAACUUGUCUGAGCACAGGUCCAUCAAAUGGCAGCGACAGCAGCGGACAUUCGUAGCGCCCUAUCUCUCCCAACAAACUCGGCCGCUGGCCCCUCUCAGCCCCAACCUCGCAAAUCAAACUCGACGAACAAGAAACCUGAGGGAAUAUCCAGGGAACUCUAUGCUCUCAUCGGCCCAUCUGCACCAUCCCUUGCUGCUCAGCUCGCGAAACCACGGCUGAAACAAAAGCCGAAUCUUGGCGGUGGAGGAAAAGUAAAGUGGGAAUGGCGAUCAUUCAAAAAUGGUGCUCGGAGCGAUUCGUUGCAACUCGGUCAUUGGGUAAAGGCUACAACUGACCCUUCAGCCGAAUAUCCUUUCGAAAAGUACAACGUAAAAUCAACGAUAUAUACUUAUUCUCAAGACGAAUACACCCGCUUUCUAGACGACAAGGAAUGGACAAAAGAAGAGACUGAUUAUCUAUUCGAACUGGUUCGGGACUACGAUAUGCGAUGGUAUAUCAUCUAUGACCGGUACGAGUAUCCAGACGGGACGCCGCGCUCCAUGGAAGACUUGAAAGAUCGAUAUUAUAGUGUCUGUCGAAAGCUAAUCAGGAACAGACCAUGGGCAGGCGAUGAAACCAGUAAAAUCCAGCUAAUCUCAAGCUUUCAAUUCGAUAAAGAUCGAGAAACUACCCGCAAAAAAUAUGUCGCAAGUCUCGAGAAUCGUACUCAGGACGAAAUCGCCGAAGAAGAAGCUCUAUUCAUCGAACUCAAGCGCUUGGAGCAAAGUGAGCGCCGGUUUAAGAAAGAAAGAGAGGAGCUUUUGCGCACUUUGGCGGGUAUAGACUCUGGGCUGCCAGAUGUCAUACCGGAUGAAGAUGGACCUGCAAGCUUGACACUGGAGGUCAAGAAGAAAAAGAAGGGUGCAGCUGCAGACCUCGAGACGCCAACGACGCCUUCAAAUAUCAUAUCGCUUGGACCACCUGUACCCAAAAGAGCGCAGUCUGUCAAAUCGGCGGCACAGGAUGCACACCAUUGCAUUGUUCGUACCGACCCACCGCCAGCCACCACACCAGCUACUAAGGCUGCUCACACCCCCGUCCACCUCCGCUCUUUCAAACUACCUGCGCCUAAAGCUGCAAUUGCUCCAAAAGUUGCGCAGCUGCUUACCGAGCUUUCCAUAACGCAUACACGUCUUGUCAUGCCCACACGCGACAACUGUGCACAGCUGGAGUCGCUCAUCGAAGCUGCCAGUGCGCUCAUCGACACCAAGAAAGUUGUGGAUAAAACGGAGCAGGAUAUCAGAGUCCUGAAGGUACGGCUGGGAAGCAGGGCAAGCGAGGGAGCGGAUACCGGUGUAGGAACACCAAUGGACGCUGAAGGGGAAACUGAAGGUGGCGACGCUGAGGGAGAAGAUGGGCGAGCUCAGAGUGUGGUCAGCACCAAAAGCGGAAGAGGGAGGAAACAGUCUCGCCGUUCAGUGUCAAUAUCCUCUAUCGAUACCUCUGGCUCUGUUUCCGCGAGAGCAGGACCGAAGCGACAGAAACGUAUUUGAAUCCUGUAUUUCUAAUUUCCUUUGUAGCAAUAUAAAUUACCUGGAAAAUGAGAUCAUGAUGCAUAUAUC